AUGGCAAAAGAGUUGGCGACGAGGAUGGGAUCUUCGAACAUUAGUUUUGAAUCUUAUGAUGCGUCUGUGGAAGACUGGUCCAGUUAUGUGGAACGUUUAGAAUCUUACUUCGUUGUUAAUGGGAUCGAAGAUAAAAUGAAAGUCCCUGCUGUUUUAAGCCUUAUGGGAGAAACAACGUAUAAAUUGUUAAAGAAUCUGGCCACUCCGAACAUUCCUUCUGAAUUGACUUAUCAAGAUAUCGUAAAAUUACUUUCGGAACAUUUGAAUCCUAAACCACUGGAGAUGACAGAACGGUUUCGUUUCUACAAGAGGAAGCAAUUUGAAGAUUCAGAAUCAAAUGGUAUCGAUAAAAAAAUUAUCAAAACAGAUUUUUCUAAAUUUAAGAAAUCUGAACCUACAAAGAAGUUUGAUAAAUCUCGGAAAUGUUACAGAUGUGAUAGUACUCAACAUUUAGCUCACGAAUGUAAGCACAAGAACACUCAGUGCAGGAAUUGCUUAAAGAACGGGCAUUUGGCAAAAGUCUGCCGCUCAAAACGUAACGAAACAGUUAAACAAAUAGAAUCUUGUUCUGAAACUGUACCAGUUAAUAGCGUUAAAUCACCACAAGAUGCAAGGGAUAAGAUUUUAUUAGAAAUUUUUGUUGAAGGGAAUAAAUGUUUAUUUGAAUUAGAUACUGGAGCUGCUAUUAGUUGUAUGAAUGUGAAUGAAUUUAAGAAACUUUGUCCAGAUGUAGCCAUUAAGCCUGCCAAAUUAUUGCUUAGGAAUUUCGAUAAUUCUAUGAUAACAUCAGCUGGCCAAGCAGUGGUGCAAAUUCAAUACAAAGAUCAAAUUAAUACAGAAACUAUUUAUUUGGUACAUGCAAAAGUAAACGCAGUUUUUGGUCGUGAAUGGUUGAAAAAUUUCCAAUUAGACUGGAGCUCAAUUAAAGCAGUUCAGGUUGAAAAUUGUAAUUCUCGAACCAAUAAAUUAAAUAUCUUGCUUCAAAAGUAUGAGAAAAUUUUUUCUCCGGGUAUCGGGAAACUGGAAAAGUUUUGUUGCCGUCUUCAAAUGAAACCUAAUUACAAACCGGUAUUUUUUAAACCUCGGCCAGUACCAUUUGCUUUAAAAGAAAGAAUAGAAACUGAACUUAAUAGGUUAGUUGCAAAAGACAUCAUUGAGCCGGUGACAUAUAGUGAUUGGGCUACACCAAUUGUUCCUGUUAUCAAACAGAAUGGGAACCUACGAAUCUGUGGUGAUUAUAAGGUGACUAUCAACCCGGGACUAAAAAUUGAGCAGUAUCCUUUACCCCGUAUCGAGGACAUUUUUGCUGAACUAUCAGGAGGGGAGUUCUUUACUAAAAUCGACUUAUCUGAGGCAUACCUUCAAAUGUUAGUUGAUGAGCAGGACCGACAUCUAUUGACGAUCAAUACUCACAAGGGUUUGUUCCGUUACAAGAGAAUGAAUUAUGGUAUAGCCUUAGCUCCGGCAGUGUGGCAGAGAGCCAUUGAACAAGUUUUAUCAGGCAUCGCGGGGGUACACGUAUUUUUAGACGAUAUUACCGUAACGGGGAGAAAUGAUCAAGAGCAUUUUGAAAGGUUAGAAUUAGUACUACAGAGACUAGAAGAAUAUGGUCUCAGUGUUAAUAAGCGGAAAAGUGAAUUUUUUAAGAAAUCUGAGAAUUAUUGUGGUUAUACAAUUGAUAAAUUCGGCCUCCACAAAACACAAGAAAAAAUCGAUGCAAUUACGAAGGUACCAGUUCCAAAAACUGUAUCUGAUUUGAAGAGUUUUUUGGGUUUAGUCAAUUACUACGGAAAAUUUAUUCCCAACUUAUCUACUCGUGUCGCUCCUUUCAAUAAUUUACUGCAGAAAGGUACUAAAUUUUUGUGGACUGCAGAAUGGGAAAAAGCUUUCAAGGCAUUGAAACAAGAAAUUGCUUCAGACCGAAUUUUAUGCCAUUAUGAUCCUAAGUUACCUCUUGUAUUACAAACUGAUGCAUCACCAGUUGGAAUAGGAGCAGUUUUAAGUCACAUUAUGCCAGAUGGUUCAGAAAAACCAGCAAUGUUUGCAUCAAGGUCAUUGACUAAAACGGAACGUAAUUAUUCGCAGAUAGACAAGGAAGCAUUGAGUAUCGUAUGGGGAGUAAAGAGAUUUUAUCAAUAUUUAUUUGGUCGACAUUUUGAUCUCGUAACCGAUCAUAAACACCUAGUAUCAAUUUUCGCACCUAAUCGUAGUUUACCAUGUCUAUCAGCAACACGAAUGGUUCAUUAUGCACUUUUUCUCCAAGCAUUCAGUUAUACAAUCAAGUAUCGAAACACAAAGAAUCAUGGCAAUGCCGAUGCACUUUCACGGUUACCACUAGCAGUUGACAAGGGUUGUGAGUACUUGACUGAAGCAGACGUGACAAAUAUUUUGCAAGUUGAAUUAAUGCCUGUUACAGCAACUGACAUAGCUAGAGCUACUAAAACUGAUAGGAAAUUGUUCGAACUGUAUGAAAGUUUAAAAUCUGGAACUGAUUUACCUGUGCCUUGGAAAGGUAGAGAAUCUGAAUUUUCAUUGCAAAAUGGUUGCAUAAUGUAUGGUCAUAGAGUAUGCAUUCCUGAAAAGUACCAGAAUCAAGUUUUGGAAGAACUUCAUGUUGGACAUCCUGGAAUUGUCAAAAUGAAGGCCAUAGCUAGAAGCUACUGCUAUUGGCAAGAUAUUGAUGCCAGUAUAGCCAAUUUUGUUCAGAACUGUUCAGCUUGUAUCGCAACGAGGAACGAACCAGCAAGGAUAAAUCGACAUCCAUGGGAAUGGCCAAAUGGACCUUGGCAAAGGAUACACGUUGACUACGCUGGUCCUUUUAUGGGGAAAAUGUUUUUUGUAGUCUCUGAUGCAUAUUCGAAGUGGAUAGAAGUCAUUCCGAUGAAAAAUAUUACAGCUAGUUUUACAAUUCAUCAUCUUCGUAUUCUUUUUGCUCAUUAUGGAAUUCCCUUAACUUUGGUUAGUGAUAACAGCGCAAGUUUCACUAGUUACGAAUUUCGACAUUUUUUGAAACUGAAAAUAAUAUUAAACAUAUAACUUCAGCACCGUACCAUCCUGCUACGAACGGACAGGCAGAAAGAAUAGUGCAGUUAUUCAAAGCUUCGUUGAAAUCGAGUAGAGGUGAUUCUGGAGAUCUAAAUGUGAAAUUACAAAGAUUUUUAUUACAGUAUAGAAUAACUCCACAUUCUCUCACGGGAGAAACUCCGAGUGCCUUGUUUUUGAAGAGAUGUAUUCGCACUAGGCUUGAUCUUUUUAAACCAAAUUUGAGAGACAAAGUUGUUCAGAAACAGAGUUCGAGACUUGACACAGAAUCUAUCUUGCGUGAGUUUCAGGAAGGGGAGAAAGUAGCCGUAAGAAAUUAUUCCGGACCUAACAAAUGGAAAAUUGGAACAAUUAUAAACCGAGAUGGAACUUUGAGUUAUAGCAUACAAGUUGGAAAUGAAAUUUGGAAGAGACACGUAGAUCAAAUAAGGAAAUGUGGGAAGUCGAUUGAAUUACACUGCGUAAAAAAAGUAGAAGAACAGUGUCUUUUUGCCAAUUAAUAUCUCUUAUUUUCUUCUAACUACCAGAUAUUUAUGCAGAUUUAAUUUAAUGGCC